CCCAUGAACGAAGACUCGUGAUGUCAAUGCGAUUGCAAUAAAAAAAAUAGUUUCUCUUCUCUUCUCCUUGAGCUUACUGAAAUUUUUUGAUCUUUCUCCUCCAGAAACUUCUUCUUCAUGGGAAAUGGUAGUAGAAGAUGGCCGGAUAUGACACUCAUUUGCACUUUCUUCACCGUUACAGUGCUCCUGAUUAUUCCUAAAUCCAGUUCAUUACAGUUCAUUUCAACCAACCAAACCAUCACAGACGCAGGCAACCAAACUGUAGUUUCGUCACCGGGAAAAUUCAAACUCGGAUUUUUCAGUCCAGAGAACUCGACAAAUCGUUACGUUGGGAUUUGGUUCAAUAAUGUUUCGGCGCCAGUCACGGCAUCGUCGGUAUGGGUAGCUAACGGCGACAAUCCGCUCAAAGAAACUUCCGGUGUUUUUAAGAUUUCAGAUGACGGAAACUUGGUAAUAGUGGACGGACGGAAGAAGGUUAUUUGGAGUAGUAAUAUUUCUUCCAUCAGUUCUACUGAUGUCAGCUCGAGAGUUUCUGAACUUUUGGAUACCGGGAAUCUUGUUCUCCGGGAAACAAUAAACGGCGGAAACAGGACACUGUGGGAGAGUUUUGCUUAUCCUUCUAAUGUAUUCUUACCAGACAUGAAGUUCGGUUUAAAUACGAGAACACGAGAGAAACUGGUGAUAACUUCCUGGAAAGACACGGAAAAUGAUCCGUCGACGGGGAACUUUACGUUGGAGUUAGACCCUGCAGGCGUUCCUCAGAGUAUCAUCAUGGACAACGGAUCUGGGAAUCAACAGCGGCGGCACUGGCGAAGUGGUCCGUGGAACAACCGGAUAUUUAUAGGCAUACCAACUAUGUCUUCUACUUAUCUUAAUGGAUUCAAUAUUCUUACUGAUAAUAUUCUAGGAACUGUGUAUCUCACACUACAUUAUACAGAAGUAAGGACUAUCCUGCAAAAGUAUACCGUAACUUCUGACGGGAACUUCGUCGAAACUCACUGGAAUGAAACAAAAAAACAAUGGGUUAAGUUUUGGUCUGCGCAAGAUACAGAGUGCGACAUGUAUGGUAAAUGCGGUCCGUUUGGUAGCUGUAACAUACUGGAUUCACCAAUCUGUAGCUGUCUGAGAGGGUUCGUACCAAAGUCGAUAGACGAAUGGAGCACCGGGAAUUGGACAGGCGGGUGUGUAAGGAGGACAGAAUUGCAGUGUCAGCGAAGCAAAAAUGAAACUAGCGGUGCAAGAAAUGAAAGUAGUACAAUUGCUGGAGGGGUAGAAGAAGCUGAUGGUUUUCUGACACUGGAAAGGAUGAAGGUGCCUGAUUUUGUAGAGAGGUUGGAAGCUGGAAGCGCAGAAGAGUGCGGGCAAAGAUGUUUGCAAAACUGUUCUUGCUUAGCUUAUGCAUCUGAGAGCAACAUUGGGUGUAUGUGGUGGUCAAGAGAUUUAAUAGAUGUGCAAAAGUUCAGCAACUUCACUCGGUCGCCAGGCGUUAAUCUUUACAUCAAGGUUGCCCAUUCAGAACUUGAUAAGAUUAAUGCAGGUACAAAAAGGAAUGUCGGGAUAAGUAUCAUACUUGCGGUCGUCAUUCCAAUAGUUCUUCUACCCAUCCUUUGCACAUUGUUCUGUUGGAGGCGGAUGGCGAAAAAGAGAGCAGCAAAAAACAAGAACGGCACCCCAUUACACAUAAUCGAUAGGUAUGGAGACACUUCGGAUGAGAACAUGUUUGGUGACAACCCAGAACUUGCAAUGUUUACUUUCGGCACCCUAUCUGUUGCUACGAACAAUUUCAGUUGGGAGACUGAACUUGGACAUGGUGGUUUUGGUUCAGUCUAUAAGGCUAAGUUGAUGAGUGGACAAGAAGUAGCCGUGAAAAGGCUUUCACAGAGUUCCGGACAAGGCUUAGAAGAGUUUAAGAAUGAAGUCGUGGUGAUCUCUAAACUUCAACACAGGAACUUGGUUAGACUUUUAGGUUGCUGCAUUGAAGGGGAAGAGAAGAUAUUGGUAUAUGAAUACAUGCCAAACAAAAGCUUAGACGCAUUUCUUUUCGAUGCUACCCAGCGAGCACUCUUGAAUUGGAGGAAGUGUUUCGAAAUUAUCGAGGGGAUCACUCGUGGGAUUCUUUACCUUCACCGAGAUUCUAGAUUAAGAGUCAUCCAUAGAGAUUUGAAGGCGAGCAACGUGUUGUUGGAUGAAAACUUAAGUCCUAAAAUUUCAGACUUCGGGAUGGCAAGGAUAUUUGGAGGCGAUCAGCUCCAAGCAGAUACUAGAAGGGUUGUUGGCACCUAUGGUUAUAUGUCUCCUGAAUAUGCAAUGGAAGGCCGAUUUUCAGAAAAAUCCGAUGUUUUCAGUUUUGGUGUGUUGCUAAUAGAAAUUGUGAGUGGCAAGAAGUGCACAAGUUUUCACCUUCAAGAGUUGUCAUUAAGCCUUCUGGGAUAUGCAUGGAAAUUGUGGAACGAAAACAUGGUGCAGCAUCUGAUUGACCCAACGUUGUUAUCUGAAAAGGCGUACUCGGAAGAAAUACUGAAAUGCAUUCAUGUAGGACUAUUGUGUGUACAAGAAUCUCCCAAGGACAGACCAAACAUGUCUACUGUACUUUCAAUACUUACCAGCGAAACCGCAAAUCUUCCAGUUCCAAAGCAACCUGCAUAUGUAAUUAGAGAGGCAUCAUCAAUAUCUUCAGGUUCACUUCAUAAGACUAGUAACCUAUUUUCUGUAAACCAUGUAACCAUCACAAGCAUCGAAGGCCGUUGAACAAAUUUGCAUCAUUUCCUUUCUGUGAACCAGUCAAGCUAUUUCUUGCAUAUACAUGUAUGCUAUGAAACAAUCAA